UCCCGAAACGUUCCCGCUGCUCACGUGACCUCCCCCUCCGGCCGCGUCGCUCUCGCGAGAUUCAGCGCGCGCACCCCGGAAGUGGCGUCGGCGACACCCGGAAGCGGCGGCGGAACCCGGAAGCGGCGGCGGGCAGGAUGGACGACACGCUCUUCCAGCUGAAGUUCACAGCGAAGCAGCUGGAGAAGCUCUCCAAGAAAGCCGAGAAGGACUCCAAGGCCGAGCAAGCCAAGGUCAAGAAGGCGCUGCAGCAGAAGAACGUGGAGUGUGCGCGGGUGUACGCCGAGAACGCCAUCCGCAAGAAGAAUGAGGGGCUCAACUGGCUGCGCAUGGCCUCGCGCGUGGACGCCGUGGCCUCCAAGGUGCAGACAGCCGUCACCAUGAAGGGGGUGACGAAAAACAUGGCACAGGUAACCAAGGCCCUGGACAAGGCCCUGAGCUCCAUGGACCUGCAGAAGGUGUCGGCAGUGAUGGAUAAAUUCGAGCAGCAGGUGCAGAAUUUGGAUGUUCACACGUCGGUCAUGGAGGACUCCAUGAGCUCGGCCACCACGCUGAGCACGCCGCAGGAGCAGGUGGACAGCCUGAUCGUGCAGAUCGCCGAGGAGAACGGGCUGGAGAUCAUGGACCAGCUCAGCCAGCUGCCCGAGGGGGCCUCGGCCGUGGGGGAGAGCUCUGUGCGAUCCCAGGAGGAUCAGCUGUCCCGGAGGCUGGCUGCCCUGCGGAACUGAGCUCUCCCUGGGGACGGCCCCGGCGCAGCGGGAGGAGCCGGGACCCCCUCCCGCAGCCCGCAGCCCCCCCUGCCCGGGCUCUUGUGGGGGUGACAGGCGGGAAUGUGGCUGCUCCCCCUGCUGGACUGUGAGGGCUUCGUGUGGGGGCGCUGCUGGUGGUGCCUGGCAGAGCCCCACGUCCCGCUGCUGACGAACACUAAGGGGGUUUUGCUGCUCUCGGGAUGCUGCUCCCCAGCUCCUCCGUCGUUCCCUGUCCCUGCCCGGAGCUGAGCUGGGGGAGGAGUUCCUCAGGAGCUGUUUGGGAGGAGCAGGAGAAGCCGCGGGGUUCCCGGUGUCCGGCGGAGCUGCGGGAAGGGCCCUGGGCUCGGCUGUGGAUCUGGGGAGGUCGGUGCCUUGCAGGAAGGGGCGGUGACACCGGGCUGUCCCCUCCCCGCUGUCACUGUCCCUGUGCCCUUUGCUGCUCCAUGUCCCGCGGGGCCGACACCCCCAGCCCCGUACCAUGAAGUGCCCUUUGGAACACCCCCUGCCCAGCCCUGUUCAUGUCAAUCCACACAUUCCCGAGGCACUGCCAGCUGGAAAUGGUUAUCCCGGCCCUGACUGCCAGUUUGGACCAGUGAGGACCCGUGUCCAGCACUGGGAGCGGACUGCAGCAGCUGUGGCGGCUGCAGACACGUCCCCAAAUGUCCCCCUGCUGGGUGGGUGUGACAGGGAACGCAAAACCAUCCCGGGAGCAGCUCUAGCUCGUCCCUGGAUAUCCUCUGUCCCCUCGCUGCUGGCACCGGGCUGGGGGCGGGGGCUGCUCUCCGUGUCCCCUCCCGCUGCUCGUCCCUGUCCCCUGUCACCUUCCCCUGGGGCUGGAGCUGUUUGUGCCCCUCCCGCGCCAUCGCCGGAGCUGCAGGAUUGCUGGAAGCUCUCCAGGAAGGAAGCGCUGUUUCCUUUGGCUCUCCCGGGAGGAGCCUUCACCUCUGGGCGGUGUCACGGGGGUCGCCUCCCGGCACAAACAUUUCCCGCCGCGUUGAUUAUUUUUCCUGAGUUCAGUGGCCUUGGAGCGUGUGGCUGGUGACACAGGGCCUUCCUCACCACCGAGGAGGAGGAAGCAGCUGUGGUCUACAGCAGAGCGUUGCAUCUUGUGCCACCUCCCGAUGGGCCGGGUGGGAAGCUGGGGGACCCUGGAGGUUUGUGCCUGGCUCCCUGCACGGUGGCACUGGGGACUCCAGACCUGCCCCCGUCCCUCUCCCCGGGCUGUCUCUGUGUGGUUUCGUUGGUGGGGUUUUUUUUAAGCUUGUCUUAUUUGCCUUCUUUUUCCCCAAACUGUGUCUGUGCCCUUCUGUGGGUUUAAAUAAACAAUCUCUGAACACUG